AUGGCCUCAACAAUUGGCAAAUAUGGUAUUGGAGACCGGUGUGCCAUUGAGGAACGUCUUCUUCAUUAUGCCGACGAGCAUGAACUUUCUGUUACUAAUACUUGCUUCCGGCAUCAUAGAAAACAUCUAUGUUAUGAUUCGAGCCAAGAUCCUCAUAAAAUUGACAACUCGCAGAAAACAGCAUCCAAGAUCCUUCAACUAUCUCAAGCUAAAAAAUUUCGGAACAGUGAGCGCAUUUCAAACCGAAUUAUUGAAGCAUCUCAAUGA